UAUCCUUGCUUCUCUAAAAGUGUGCUAAACAAACUUUAAAAAUUUCUUUCGAACACGAGGGCAAUAGAUAAAUAAUUAUGUCUGAUGCCACACGUACUCAAAUAUCACCUGACAUUAUCCUCAUAUAUGACUUUUUAUUCUCCUACAAUUUUUUGUUUUCAUGAUAUUUUAUGUUCCAGAUCCAGAAGUGAAAAAAAUAUUGCAUAAUGGUCUGAACUACGAAAAAUUCUUCGAUAAAAUAUUCAUUGCCUUGGGAUGUUUUCUGACGAUAGCUUUGUUAUUUUUUCUCCCGAAAAAUGAAGGAUCACUACCAGUACGUGCUAUAUUUCCAUUUGAUACAAAUGCUUCACCUAAAUAUGAACUAGCUUAUGUUGUACAAGCUUUUAGUAUCAUUUACGGUCUCUCUGCAAUAGUAUUUAUGGAUGAACUAGUUGUAACUAUAGUAAUGUGGAUCAACGUUCAACUUACUAUUUUAAAUGCUGACUUUCAACAUUCUGCGACAAACAACAUGAGGGGAAUGUCUAACCAUGCUCGCAAUAAAAGGGAGACAGAUUACUUCAUCGAACUUCGCAAGUAUAAGGCUGGAGCUUUGAAUCAAAAUUUUGUGGAAAAUUGGAAAAUAUGUAUUGUGAAUCAUCAAAAAUUGAUUGGCCUGGUGUAUGAACUCAACGAUAUAUUCAGUUCGAGCAUGUUACUUCAACUUUUUGCAAGCUUCUCAAUGAUUUGUUUAGCAGGAUUUCAAGUUGUGCUAGGAGCCGAUGAGAAAACAAACUUCAUAAAAUUUGCGUUAUAUCUUGGUGCCGCACUAUCGCAAUUACUCAAUUGGUGUUGGUUUGGAAAUGAACUGUUACAUAAAGUAAGUUUUUUGAAUGCAAUUAUUGAAUUGCUAUUUAAUAGCGAAAUGUCUUUCCAUAUCGAUUCUUCCUGUUACAUGUCAAACAAAAAAAAAAAUAAAAUCUUUAAUAGUUCGGUGAACUUGAAUCCCGACUUCACAAAAGUUGAAAGCUUAAAACAGCCUGGUACACUACAAACAACAUUGAUGGUUGUAUUGGAUCCUUCUUUAUAG